AAAGUGGAACACUCAACUAUAUUUGCACCUUAGGCCAGCAACACCGUUAAAAGGAAUAGCUUGCUCUACCAGCUGGCAGAUUGAUUAAGCUUCACAAAUCUUAAGAGAAAAAAACAAGACAAGAAAAGAAAAGAAAUGAUUCCUGUAGUACAUUGUACCUAGUCUGUUAACCAUAUAUGAGUGCUACGGCUUAAUAAAUGUAUUAUUGAAGUGAUGAUAACAUUUAGUCGAUUUCAAUUUAGCAUUUACUUGUCUUGAAAAAUUUGCACCCGUCAAACCGCCAUAUUUUUGUCAAUAAAUAGCAGGAGGAACAAAGGUCCCUCUCGUUUCAUGCACACGCUCUUCAUUCUGCUCAUCUGCUGAAAGUCUGAAACACGGGAAGAUUAGAGAAUCUGAUUUGCACAGAGAUUCAGUGUGUCUGAAAAUAGUUCGCUUUUAGGGAAGGAUCACAGAGCCAAUCCAGGCUCUGAAAUGAAUUGUAUGCCGCUUGAAGUUCUGUUUCCGGGGAGCGAAAAAGUUGAAGAAAUCAAGUGGGAAAAGGAGCGAUAAUUCUUUUUCUUCCCAAAAAUACAUAUCAUCUCGCAUCUGUUUUAGAUCCUUUGAGUAUUUUUUAACUGAUCUUGGAAUAUUAUUCUAUUGUUCAUAUAUAGGGUGAUUUCGGCGGAAGAGAGGAUAUCAUGGCAGCUAGAAUUUUGAAGGAAACGAAAUCGCUAUCUGGCAUUGAGACGCAGCCACAGGCACAAGCAUUGGCGAUGAGGGCAGAAACAGUACAUGUAAAAUGCUAUUGCUGCGAACUGACGGAGGAGAGCACUGUGGCAUACGUCGGUGGUGUGCGAGAGAAAUAUCAAGGUCGUUGGAUUUGCGGGCUCUGUGCAGAGGCAGUGAAGGACGAGGAACACAGGUCGGAGGGAGACAUUACCGUGGACGAAGCAGUGAAGAGUCACAAGAAGUUCCGUCAACAGUUCACAGAAACAAGCCCUCCCAACAAUGCCACCGAGGAUUUGAUAAAAGCCAUGAAGCAGCUGAUGUUGCGGAGCUUGGAAAGUCCUAGGAACGAAGGGAUGACGUGUCGACCAUUGGGGAGGUCUCAGAGCUGCUUCUCUACCAUGACAGGGAGUCAGAAACGGAGCGACUAGGGAGAAGGUCACGGCAGAGUAAUUGAUAAGGCCACUUGAUCGAUGAACUGCAAGCAGCCUAUUGGAAUCGCAUUGGCCUCGGGGUUGUCUGAAAACAGCCCUGAUUUUAAAAUCUCUGUCUCGCCUUCAUUGAAGUCUGGCCUUCACGCUUAGCAUUUGCAUCAUAUGAUAUGUAUUCUAAUGUUGAAUAAUGCACUGGCCAGUUCCGUAGAUCUUUAUGUUUCGAAGACUUCUCAACUAGAAUAAUGGAUCCUUGUUCUUCAUUUAAAACUUA